AUUUGUCUUCCAAACAAAACAAAACCCUAAUAAUAAUAAUAAUGUUGGACCUGUACUUUUUUUUUUUGAUCGGCAUAGAGAGAGAGAGAGAUGAGACAGAGUGAAAGGAGAUCGCCGAGAUAGAAACUACUCGAUAGGAAAAUUAGAGAAAGAAAUGGCAAAGAAGGGAGUAACUCGAAGGGAGCUCUUGGACCGAUGGAGAGGCAUUGAAGAAUACGACGACGACGACCACCACCACCACCACAGUCAGAGUUUUCCUGCUUCCGAAUCUUCAUCACGUCAUCGUCUCCGCCUUCUUAAAGAGGAAUGGUUUGCGGAUGCAUUUAGCUACUUGGUUUCUCUUCCAAAACAAAAUCAUAUUUGGUGUGGCUCUUGGGAUUUGAUGGGACCACUUUUGGAGACAUUCUACAAUUAUUUUAAAGAUGAACGUCAUGAUUCACCUCUGAAGAUUCUAUGGAAGAGGAUCUCCGAAGAAACGCGACGAUGCACACAAUGCAUCUGUCAGCAUCAUCAAGCCCAGGAAAUGUAUCACUCGGAGUAUGAAUGGAGUUCCAUUGGCCCCCUUCUUGAUGUGCUACGGAGUCUCGAUGAAGAAAGGGUAACUCAGCACCUGAAAGAGAUCAAUUCAAGGAUUACUAGGGGUGUAUAUGAUCCAGUUAAUGAUAGCUCUGAGGUUGUUAGUGUCAUGUUUGAGGUUCUGAUGUUCCCCAUGCUGUUGGAUGACCAGUCCUUGGUCACUGAGUUUCAAGUUUUUAUUGAAGCAAUUGAUAAUUCUCAUGAACUGUCUUUGGCUGGACAUCAACAGUAUCCGGGAGUGUAUGCAUUGUUUUUCCUUAAAAGUCGAAGAGCCCGUUUUAUUGGUUUACGCCUUGCUGGAAACAUGGGAAAAUUGAGGAGACCAACAGACUUGGAACCUCUGCAGCCUUUGCUCAAGAAAUGCAUUGGCCUUUUGGAAACGGAAGUAUUGCCUUUAGCUGUUGAGACAUCAAGACCAAGGGUGCAGCUGGAGCGUACAACUGUUUGGCUUGGAAUCAAAGCACUGCUUGGAUUCUUAGAGCCUCCAGCAUUUGAAGAAGGCAUAUUGGAGCGCUAUCCCAUUUUCCUUAGUAUCGUGCUCAACCAUAUCAGUGAUGAUUCGGGUGAAUUUUCAUAUGCAGUUAAUUGCCUAAGACUUCUUUUUGAAAUGCUCGGGUGCAAGCUGUGGUUGAGGGCUACAUUGUCUCCAAGUGUUAUGCGCAACACACUUUUGGGUCAGUGUUUCCACACUCGGAACGAGAAAAGCCAUAAGGAAAUUUUUGACCUGUUCCAGCCUUUCCUGCAGUCUCUUGAAGCUUUGCAAGAUGGUGAACAUGAAAAGCAGCGAAGACAUUUUAUUUACUUUCUCCUACAUCAAGUGCCUUUUAGCAGUAACUUCAGCAUUCUGAUGAGAAAAAAGGCUUGCCAGAUAGCUCUUCUCAUCAUUCACCGAGGUUACAAAAUGAUCCCGCCUUGUCCCCCAUUCGAAUGUGCUCACAUGUGGGGUCCUUCUCUGGUGUCUUCUCUGAAGGAUUCAUCUCUUCACAGUUCCCUGCGACAACCUGCAUUUGAUCUUAUUCAAACUAUCAUAGUGUCUGAUGCUGCUAUUUUGGCAAGUUCAAUUCUGAACUGCCACACACCUCCAAGCAUUAGUAAAAGCAUGUCUUCUGAGUUCAAUGAUGAGGAUGAGGAUGAAGGUUUUCUGUUUACCCAUGAUGUUGAAGAGAAGGAUGAUAGUUGUUGGAAUGCAUUCAGUGUGCAGAGUAGAAUAACCUCACAGGAAUUUGGGGAAUGGAUGUGCAUUCCAAUGUUGUGGAUUGAUGUUUUACUUGAAAUUGAUCCCUUAGUCCUUCCUGUAUCAUUUUCCAAGGCUGUUUUAUGGGCUUUAUCACGUCUUUCUAUGGUAGAACCUGAGAAUAGCACAGAAAUAGCACUUCCAGCUAGAGAUUGGUUGUCAACCCAUGCCUCAGAAAUCUCACAUCUAUAUGGGUGGUAUGUUCCAUCAGGUUCUGAUGAUGGCGGGGAUGGGAAGGACUCAAAGAACUCAAUCAAAGUCUCAAAAAUGUGUGUUCCUUUAAUAAAGACAUUCAAAAGAUUAACUGCUCAUUUUGCUGUUAAAAUGGAGCAAGGAGAGCUUCGGAAGCAGUGGACCUGGGAACCAAAGAUGAGCGAAAGCUUGAUUCUUCUGCUUGUGGAUCCGAAUGAUAAUGCGAGGCAGGUUGGUAGAAGUAUCCUUGAACAAGUUUCAAACACUCGUGGCCUUGCUUGUGGCUUGCAGUUUCUUUGCUCCUGCUCCUCUUCUUUGUCAGCUGUUCUUUUUGGUUUAAAACAUGCUUCUAAACUGGUUCAAUUGGAUUCAGUACUGUUAAAGUUUCAGACUUUACAUCACUUCUUCUUUGUUCUAUGCAAACUAUUGAGAGAAGGGGUUAUGUCUUCCCCGACCUUGCCUGGGAGCUCCUCAAAUGAGCUAAAUAUCUCGAAGGUCUCUUCGCAAGGCGGUUUUUUGAGGCAACCACUCUUUGACUCUCUGCGAAAAAAUGUUGAUGUGCAUUUGGUGAGUGUUGAUUUAUCGGCUUGGGAGGAGUUUAAUCACUUACUGGCAGGAAUCACAUGGCCUUUUAUUCAGAAGUGCUUGGAAGAAGGGAAGACGUAUAUGGAUUACAAGAUUUCCCAGAUGACUUGUAUCCGUCUACUUGAGCUCCUCCCUGUUGUUUUCGAAAAGCUUGUUCCAUCAUUUCUGAAAGCAUCUGGGAAGAUAUUGGACAAUUCUACUGACUGUACAUGGCUUAAUCAUUUGACAAAUUGGGGAAGGUCAUCUCUUGCAGUGAUAGUUAGAUAUUGGAAACAGACUCUGAUGUCUGUGCUAGGUCUUCUUAAGCAGUCAUACAGUGAUGUUUCUAUUCGGGCUAAUAUCGGGGCCAUUGAGAAACUUAUAGCAUGUGAAACUGUGGCAAUGGAUGAAUUGAUAAACCAUGUAGCACACCUAUCUGUUGCAUUAUCCGAAGGAAGUUCUUACAUAGCUAAAGAUACUAAUUUGAAGUCGGAUUCUUUAGUUUUUGAAGACUUACCAUUCAGUAGAAAGUUUUUGUCUCAAGAUGCAAAACCCACCUCCUUGGAGAAUGCAGAUGUGCAGAUUCUAGACUCAGUAUCUUCAUUGAACAACCUAAAUAUAGAUACAAUCAUUGUUCUUUCGGAUGAUGAAACGCAGAUGGAAGUUCCAGCCAAUAAAGCCAUCGUUUCGCAUGAGAGGGCAAGUCAGUGUGUGUUGGAUGGAAAGACCGAGGCUUCUGAAGGAGUUUCUCAAGAUGCUCGUGCAACAGUGAAUGUUUCCACCAAUGACACGAAGUUAAUCGCGGAUUUUCAGCGAGCUGAUGGUCCUAAUUGUGCUGCUUUAGUUUCUCAGAAACUGAACUCAGAUAUGUUGAGAGGCAAACGAGACCCUGGAUAUCUUACCAAAUCAAAAGCUUUAGAUAGUAAUAGCCAAGAUAGGACAUCCAAAUUGUCUGCACAUGGUUCUUCUCCAUUCCAAGGUAAAUCUGAUUUGAAGAAUUCUUCCGGUGCAACACUAGGUGCCAAAAGCAUGGAUCAAGUAUGCAUCAAUAAAGAUUUGGAAACGAGGGAUACUGUCAUAAAACAAUUGGUAUGUGAUGCUGAAGAUGAUCCAUGGGAAUCAUCAGUAAAAAAUUCAAGGGGUCAGCAGUCAUGUGCAAUAAAGCCAAGCACUUCUGGUCCUAAACGGCAAGUCAUUCAGCUUAAUAUGGGUAUGGAAAACAGAUCUGGCAACUUGCAUAGACUGGAAGGUGGAGUUAAAAGGUUCAAACCUCCAGCUCUUGAUGACUGGUAUAGACCCAUCCUAGAGAUAGAUUACUUUGCAACUGUAGGAUUAGCACCUGCAAGCGAAGAGGAGAAUGAAUCUCUUAGGAAAUUAAAAGAAGUCCCAGUAUCUUUUCAAUCACCCGAUGAAUAUGUGGACAUUCUACGUCCAUUGGUAUUGGAAGAGUUUAAAGCUCAGUUGCAUAGUUGCUUUUUGGAGAUGAGUUCCUCAGAAGAGAUGUGCUGUGGCACUCUAUCUGUGUUAUCAGUUGAGAGAAUUGAUGAUUUUCAUCUUGUUCGUUGUAUCCAUGAUGAUAGUGAUUCUGCAGGAUCUAGAAGUUUCUCAGAACAUGACCUGAUUUUGCUUACUAGACAGUUGCUGAAAGUUUCUUCGCAUGAUGUUCACAUGGUUGGGAAGGUAGAGAGGCAUCAGAAAGACUACAAAAGAAGAUCAAGCAUCCUAGUUAUCAGAUUCUAUCUUCAAAAUGGAUCUUCAAGACUGAAUCGAGCUAGGAAGCUCCUUAUUGAUAGAAGUAAAUGGCAUGUUGCUCGCAUUAUGAGCAUUACAUCUCAACUUCGAGAGUUCCAGGCACUUUCCUCGAUAAAUGGUAUCCCUCUGCUUCCUAUUAUUUUGAAUCCCAUCAAUCAUUCUUUUGGUCAUCAUGAGUCCAGAAAAGGAGACCUGAGUAGGCUGCCCCAGCCCUUGCAGCGUGUCCUUAAAUCAUCAUAUAAUGACUGCCAACUUCAAGCUAUUGGUGCUGCUAUUGAACCCCUGGAUUCAAAGAAAGAAUAUGAUUUGUCUCUUAUACAGGGCCCUCCAGGUACAGGGAAGACCAGGACUAUUUUGGCUAUCGUCAGUGCUUUGCUUGCUUAUUAUUUACAGCGAAGGAAUGACAUGAAGAUACCACCAAAUGGAAGUUUAAAACCAAUCCAUAAUCCUUUCUCAAAUUUGAAAUCUCGGAUUAGUCAAUCUGCUGCUAUUGCAAGGGCUUGGCAGGAUGCAGCCUUGGCCCGACAAUUGGAUGAAGAUGUAGAAAAGAGUUCCAAAUCCGUAGGAAGUUGCACAAGAGGAAGAGUGCUUAUAUGUGCACAAUCCAAUGCUGCAGUUGAUGAAUUGGUAUCAAGAAUAUCCAGUGAUGGGCUUUAUGGAAGUGAUGGAGCAAAAUACAAGCCCUUUCUUGUGAGGGUUGGUAAUGCAAAGACAGUUCACCCUAAUUCGCUACCUUUCUUUAUUGACACACUUGUUGAUCAUAAGUUGGCAGAGGAGAGAAUAAAUGCAGGUGAUGCAAAGAGUGAAACAGUUUUGAACUCUUCAAUGGCUCUCCGUGCUAAUCUAGAGAAGUUAGUAGACCGUAUAAGGUUCUAUGAAACCAAGCGGGCUAACUUAAGGGAUGGAAAUUCAAAUUCAAAAAUUAUGUUGAAAGGAGAGGCUUCAAAGGGGAAUGAUGGAAAAGAAAUGUCUGAUGCCGAAAUAGAUGGAAAAUUAAGAAAAUUAUAUGCUGAAAAGAAAGCAAUUUAUAGAGAUCUUUCUAGUGCUCAGGCAAAGGAAAAGAAAGCGAAUGAUGAAAUCAAAGCUCUUAAACAUAAGUUCCGGAGGUCUAUAUUAAGGGAAGCUGAAAUUGUUGUUACUACAUUGAGUGGAUGUGGUGGAGAUCUGUAUGGAGUGUGCUCUGAAUCUCUUUCAAGUCAUAAAUUUAGCAACCCCUCUGAGCAUGCUUUGUUUGAUGCUGUAGUCAUAGAUGAAGCAGCUCAAGCUUUGGAACCAGCUACUUUGAUUCCUCUUCAGCUCUUAAAAUCGAAGGGGGCCACAUGUAUAAUGGUUGGUGAUCCGAAGCAGCUCCCUGCUACAGUUCUUUCUAAUGUUGCUAGCAAAUAUCUUUAUCAGUGCAGCAUGUUUGAACGACUACAAAGGGCUGGUCAUCCUGUCAUUAUGCUAACUGAGCAGUAUAGGAUGCAUCCAGAGAUAUGUCGGUUUCCCUCGUUGCAUUUUUAUGACAGGAAGUUGGUAAAUGGAGAUCAGAUGUCUGACAAAUCAGCAUCUUUUCAUGCAACUGAGGGCCUUGGACCCUAUCUAUUCUUUGACGUCGUCGAUGGGCAUGAGCUUCAUGGCAAGAAUUCUGGUGGACUCUCCCUCUACAAUGAGAGUGAGGCUGAUGCCGCAGUUGAAAUACUUAGUUUUUUCAAGAAGAGGUACCCAUCAGAAUUUCGUGGAGGAAGAAUUGGUAUCAUAACUCCUUAUAAGUCUCAACUCUCACUGUUGCGUUCUCGGUUUUCUAGUGCAUUUGGACCUUCGGUUACAGCUGAAAUGGAAUUCAACACAGUGGAUGGUUUCCAAGGCCGGGAAGUUGAUAUACUGGUACUUUCAACAGUGAGGGCAGCAGAAGCAUGCUCUGCAGCAACCAAGAUAAACUCUAGUAAUAUUGGAUUUGUUGCAGAUGUUAGGCGGAUGAAUGUUUCUUUGACGAGGGCUAGGCUUUCGCUCUGGGUUUUGGGUAAUGCAAGAACAUUGCAGACGAACUACAACUGGGCUGCUCUUGUUAGGAAUGCGAAGGAAAGGAAUUUGGUUGUGUCAGUUAAAAAACCAUACGAGUUCCUGUUCAAGUCAGCUUUCAAGAAACUUCCUGCUUUAGAAAAUUCCAGUAACUGUUCAAAACAGUUGAAGCAUGAUGGAAAGAUAAAAGAACCUGGCAGCCACGCUGGAUCAAACCAGAAAGCUGGGGAUGAGACCGAUGAAAGGAAAAAAAGGCACAUUGGUUCUGGAGCUCGUAGUGACCUCAGAAGAGCUGGAGCUGAAGAUAAUCUUUCAUUGAGCAAGGGAAGUAUUAAAACCAAAAAAAGAGCCAGAGAUGAGCACGAUGUUGCAGUUAAGAAGGAUCCCCUACCUGUAGCUGUUGCAAGUAGUGAGGGAAGUGGCUCCAAGAGUAUGCAGUCUGCAAUCCCUGGGAAAGGUGGAACUGCUGAGCAAAGUAGAGGAAGGGGGAAAGGUACACAGAGUCCUAAUUUAACUGAGGGAAAAGGCAAGUUUGAGAAUCAAACUAGUAACAUAGACCAAUCUGAUGAUGGAAAGAGUGUAGAAAUUGAACUGUUGAAACCGAUAGUGUCCAAGGGACUUGCAAAAUCUGAUAAGCACAGUAGAAAGCAGAGGAAAAUGGAAGCAUUAAUACCGUCCUCUGUAAGGACCGUACAAGGGAGAGAUGGGAAUGAUGGAGGCAGAGCUUCAAAUCAAGCUAACACACCUAAAGAUGCUAUCGCAAAAAGGAAACAACAGCGCGAUGACGUGGAUGCUCUUCUUUCUUCAGCUCUCAUUUCUUCAAAAAAGACGGAGACUUCAUUGAGAUCUCUGCCUGUUAAAAGGCCUGGUUCUCCAAAAUCACGUGCAGGUGGUGGGAUAAAACCACCCAAGCCAAGAAAAGUGUCAUCCUCAUCAAGUGCAAUGGAGGGUCAGAGUCAACAACACCAUAGAAAGAGGGAUAAGUCUUUGAGCUCCCAGGAAUUUGGAUGAUGUCUUCUUCUAGUAAUCUAAUUUCAUGAUUAAAAGAGCCAGGGCCUGUUCAUAUCACCCAAAAGAGCCGAAAGGGUUGGUUGUUCCUUCUUUGUAAACCAACAAACCAGAGGGUAACAGGUGCUUCCGCUCGCUUGUCUCACAUUACUAGGAUUCUCAAAACCAUUUGUAGAUGAGCCUUAAUUUGUGGUUGAUGCCUUGUACAGAAAUAGGGGCAGCCUUGGUCACCAGCCCUUGGUCCUCAUUUCGGGUUUCCUUUCAUACAUUUUACUAGGCUGUUGACAUAAAUGUUAGUGAUCUCGUUGGCUGUCGCCUGUAAUGCAGAAGCUUAUUGUACAGAGUCUACAGACUUUUUUUUGUUCCUUUGGUUGGUUGUAAUUCGGUAAAAUGCAACCAAUUUUAUAGCAUCAAAUGUAAAGUACUAGCGAGUAUUUUUUGAAUUCAAGAAUUCAUAUUUCCGUUU